GGACACCGAUCCUGGGGCCCGCUUGCCAGGCGGCGCCGCAUCUCGGGAGUACAAGUAGCCGAGAGCGCAGAAGAGAAGGCGGCGGCGGCUGCGGCGAGUGAAUUGGAGAGGAGGAGGAAGCCAUCGAUGGCCAUGAGCGCCCUCAAGUUCUGCGGCGAAUGCAGCAACAUGCUCUACCCGCGGGAGGACAAGGAGACGCACACCCUGCUCUACGCCUGCAAUUCCUGCGAGCACCAGGAGCCUGCCACUGACACUUGUGUGUACAAAAGGGUUCUCCGUAAACCUGCUGGGGAACCCAAAGAUAUCCUAAAAGAUGCAGCAACUGAUCCCACCCUGCCUCGCACCAGAAGUAUUAAAUGUUACAACUGUGGCCAUCCAGAGGCUGCUUUUUUUCAGGCUCCAACUAAGGGGGAGAAAGGCCUGACACUGUACUUCAUCUGCUGCAACCCAAGCUGUGGUCACAGGUGGAGGGAUUGACGGCAAGGUUCAUGGUGCUGAAUCUUGGCCGUUCUUGUGUUCAUGCUCAUACCCGGUGUUAUCUGAAGGACUGGAACUUCUACAAGUAAUGUAGUUUGUGAAUUGUGUGACUGAUGUAGCUCCGAGGUCAUUUAACUGCUGUGAUUGUCUUGUCAACUUAAUGUGUCCGGGGUUGUUGGGUGCCCUGGACCCUGUUGUCACUUUGGUCCAAUUCUGAAAGGGAAAAGUACACCGAAGGUCCCUCAACC